AUGGCGGAACCAACCAAUACACCCGUGCCAGCUUCUACACCGCGAGCUACAUCUCCUGCUCCUCAACUUCCCUUCAUCUCUCAAGGGUCUCUCUCAAUACGGUCAUCCAUGACAUCCUCAAAACACAAGGUUCUUCAUAUUGGAGACCCUGUCAAAUACAACCCUGAAACAUAUCUCCGCUUCAGUAUUCAGUGUGAGGUUAUCAGACCGCCAAUUGAAGAGCGGCAGCGACCAGAGUUCAUCAAGGCCCUCAAGGAAAAGAGAUGGGGUGAUUUUGAUGCCAUAUUUCGGCCAUUUUGGGGAACUGGAGGUGAAAUGGGGAAAUGGGACCAAGAGUUGAUUAGUUUGCUGCCACAGAGUGUCAAGACACUCGCUGACUCGAAAGGAAUCAUUUACUGCAAUUCUGGUCUCGCGGCUGCUGAAGCUGUAGCUGACUUUGCUAUUGUCGGGAUCAUUUCAACAUUCCGGGUCCUCCCAUGGUGUAUCUCCUCCGCCAUGUCGGGCGAUGAGGAGGCAUUCAAGGAGAAUCAUCGCGAUGCUACAAUGCAGUCGUACAAUCUCCGUGAUCAGGCUCUAGGCAUCAUUGGCUUUGGCAACAUUGGUCAACAAAUCGCUGCUCGUGCGCGACAUGGCUUUGGGAUGGACAUUCACUAUUAUGAUGUGCUUCCCAAGCCUGCUGCUGUCGUGGCUCCUGUCCGAGCUACCCACCAUGAGACGCUUGAGAGUCUUCUUGGUCGAUGCGACUGCGUUGUUCUCUGCACACCAGCUGGUGAAGGCACUCUGAUCAACUCAAAGACUCUGCCAUUCUUCAAGCGUGGAUCGCGGUUUGUCAAUAUUGCACGGGGAAGUCUUGUUGACGAGGAUGCACUGGCUGCUGCUCUUCGAGACGGUACACUGUCAAGCACGGCUCUGGAUGUUCAUGCAAACGAGCCAAAGAUACACCCCAAACUGUUGGAGCUCGCUAAACAGGGCCGCGUGUUGGUGACAUGCCAUAAUGCUGGUGGAACAGUCGACACCCACAAGGGUUUUGAAGAGCUGAGCAUGAGAAACAUCAUGGCUGUUCUCAGCGGAGGAGAAGCCAUUACUCCGGUAAACCUGGAAUUUCUCAAAAAGUAG